AUGUCUGAUUCUGAAGACGAAGCCACGAACGCUCGUACUUACCAGGAAAUAGCCAAUGAAAUUGAGCGUUAUAAGAGUAAUCCAGAAACAUCUGGUAUGUUUGUGUCUGGAUGGGACGAUGCUGACCAGGAUGUAGAUAUUGUUAAAAACCCGCAAGAAAACCCAAUUGAUCAUGUAUUAUGGGCAGCUGAAAAUGGUGAAUUAGAAAUUCUGCAAAGACUUUUGAAAGAUCAACCUGGACUUCCCGGUUACCAGGCUGAAGCGCAGCCCAACGCUGUGAAAACUGAAAACACAAAUGGGCUGCGGCUACUUGAUCAGCUCCGCGUGCGCAUCCUUGAAGAACAUAAAAGAGGCAAGCCCCAGCCCAUUCCAUAUUUGCAAUGUGGCGCACACACCUAUGGGCUGUACGAAUUUUCGACAGCUGAGCUCAUCGUC